CGCGGGCGACCUCGGCGUCACGUGACGGCGCUGAGCCGCGGCCUGGCCGGCGGGGCCCCACGCACAGGCCACCGGGCCGCCCCCGCCCCGCCCCCAUCGGCGCGGAGACCCCUCCCCCGGCGGACAUGGCGGGAGACGCCGUGCAGAGCGAGCCCCGCGGCCGGUCCCUGCUGGAGCAGCUGGGGCUGGCGGGCGCGGACCUGGCGGCGCCGGGGGUGCAGCAGCAGCUGGAGCGGGAGCGGGAGCGGCUGCGGCGCGAGAUCCGGCGGGAGCUGAAGCUCAAGGAGGGCGCCGAGAACCUGCGGCGGGCCGCCACCGACCUGGGCCGCAGCCUGGCGCCCGUGGACGGGCUGCUCCGCGGCUCCGCGCGCCGCCUCGACCUGCUGCACCAGCAGCUGCAGGAGCUGCACGCGCACGUGGUGCUGCCCGAGCCCGCGCGCACAGAUGCCCCCCAGUCCCCCGGCGCGGGUGCCCCGGCCUCGUCGGCCACCGUGAGCCUGGUGGCGGGGCUGGAGAAGCAGCUGGCCAUCGAGCUGAAGGUGAAGCAGGGCGCCGAGAACAUGCUUCACACCUACAGCAACGGCGGCGGCAAGGACCGGAAACUGCUGCUCACAGCCCAGCAGAUGCUACAAGACAGCAAGACCAAGAUCGACAUCAUCCGCAUGCAGCUCCGCCGGGCCCUGCAGGCUGGGCAGCUGGAGAGCCAGGCCGCCGCGGAUGAGGCCCACGGGAGCCCGGACCUGGGCGCCAUGGAGCUGCGCAUCGAGGAGCUGCGCCAUCACUUCCGCGUGGAGCACGCGGUGGCCGAGGGCGCCAAGAAUGUUCUGCGCCUGCUCAGUGCUGCCAAGACCCCGGACCGCAAGGCGGUCGGUGAGGCCCAGGAGAAACUGAGCGAAUCCAAUCAGAAGCUGGGGCUCCUGCGGGAGGCGCUGGAGCGAAGACUGGGGGAGCUGCCGGCCGAGCACCCCAAGGGACAGCUGCUGCGGGAGGAGCUGGCCGCAGCCUCGUCCCCGGCCUUCAGUGCCCGCCUGGCCGGGCCCUUCCCCGCCACCCAGUACAGCACCCUGUGGAAGCCCGCCCCGCUCACAGGGACCCUGGAAGUCCGCGUGCUGGGCUGCAAGGACCUUCCAGAGAACAUCCCCUGGAACCCCUCUCCCUCUGCGGGGGGACCGGGGACCCCCGACAGCCGCACCCCAUUCCUGGGCCGCCCGGCCCGCGGCCUCUACAGCCGGAGUGGGAGCCUCAGCGGCCGCAGCAGCCUGAAAGUGGACACAGAGAACACUGGCGAGGUCAGCACCGUGCUCAGGCUGGACAACACGGUGGUCGGACAGACGGCCUGGCGAGCCUGCGGGCCCAGCGCCUGGGACCAGACCUUCACGCUGGAGCUGGAGAGGGUGCGGGAGCUGGAGCUGGCCGUGUUCUGGAAGGACCAGCGGGGGCUGUGUGCCCUUAAGUUCCUGAAGCUGGAAGACUUCCUGGACAAUGAGAGACACGACGUGCGGCUGGAUAUGGAGCCCCAGGGCUGCCUGCUGGCCGAGGUCACCUUCCGGAACCCCGUGAUUGAGAGGAUCCCCCGGCUCCGGCGGCAGAAGAAGAUCUUCUCCAAGCAGCAGGGAAAGGCCUUCCAGCGAGCCCGACAGAUGAACAUCGAUGUAGCCACCUGGGUGCGGCUGCUCCGGAGACUCAUUCCCAACACCACCGCCACCUUCAGCCCGGGCGCCUCCCCGGGACCCGAGCCCAGGACCAUGGGAGACAUCUCCGUGGAGAAGCUGAGUCUCGGCCCCGACUCCGAAGGCUCACCCCAGAAGGGCUCCCUGGAUACUCCUUCCAGCCCAGCCCCUCCGAGCUCCCCAGCCAAGGAAGCCGCCCCUUCUCCAGUGCUGCCUUCAGACCCCAAGGAGACCCCAGGCCCCGCCGUGUGCAGCCCGCUCAGAAAGUCAUCAUCCUUGACACUGGAGGACUUUAAGUUCCUGGCGGUGCUGGGCCGAGGUCACUUCGGGAAGGUGCUGCUGUCUGAGUUCCGAGACACAGGGGAGCUGUUUGCCAUCAAGGCCUUGAAGAAAGGGGACGUCGUGGCCAGAGACGAGGUGGAGAGCCUGAUGUGCGAGAAGCGGAUCCUGGCGGCGGUGACCCGGGCGGGACACCCGUUCCUGGUCAACCUGUUCGGCUGCUUCCAGACCCGGGAGCACGUGUGCUUCGUCAUGGAGUACUCGGCGGGCGGCGACCUCAUGCUGCACAUCCACAGCGACGUGUUCUCGGAGCCGCGCGCCGUUUUCUACUCGGCCUGCGUGGUGCUGGGGCUGCAGUUCUUGCACGAGCACAAGAUCGUCUACAGGGACCUCAAGCUGGACAAUCUGCUGCUGGACACCGAGGGCUACGUCAAGAUCGCCGACUUCGGCCUCUGCAAGGAGGGAAUGGGCUACGGGGACCGGACCAGCACUUUCUGCGGGACCCCCGAGUUCCUGGCCCCCGAGGUGCUGACUGACACGUCGUACACGAGGGCGGUGGACUGGUGGGGGCUGGGCGUCCUGCUGUACGAGAUGCUGGUGGGAGAGUCCCCGUUCCCAGGCGACGACGAGGAAGAGGUGUUUGACAGCAUCGUGAACGACGAAGUCCGCUACCCCCGCUUCCUGUCGGCCGAGGCCAUUGGCAUCAUGCGCAGGCUGCUGCGGAGGAAUCCGGAGCGCAGGUUGGGGUCCACGGAGCGGGACGCCGAAGAUGUGAAGAAGCAGCCUUUUUUCAGGACUCUGGGCUGGGACGCCUUGCUGGCCCGCCGCCUGCCACCCCCUUUCGUGCCCACGAUCUCGGGGCGCACAGACGUGAGCAACUUCGACGAGGAGUUCACGGGAGAGGCCCCCACGCUCACCCCACCCCGCGAGGCGCGGCCCCUCACGGCCGCCGAGCAGGAAGCCUUCCGGGACUUCGACUUCGUGGCGGGGGGCUGCUAGCACCCCUCCCCCGACGACUCCCCAACCCCCGACCCACCUGUGCCCCCCACCCCCCGCCCUGACCGAGCUCUUGGUAGUUUUUAAAAAGGCGUUUUGGGGGGAGGGGGAUUCUGGCCCCCACCCCCACCCA